CGUAGACACAAUUUUGUGAUCGUUACAGUGAUAUAAUGCAGGCUAACGAGUUGCAGCGCGAAUAUUAGGUGUUGGACACUCCGGUUAAUUUGACAAAUUGCGAUUUUUUAAAGCUGUUUUGUUAAAAUUUUAAGCUAGUGGGAGCUUUGAGGGCGCUCCGUGUUUUCAAAGCCCGAAAUAAUCGCUGUCAGGAGGACUACUGUUUUGUUGAUGUCAUCCGCGGCAGAGCUGUAGCGACCUUCAAUUUCUGGGCAAGACCGGGAUAAACAAAGACUGUUUUUUUACGUGUUUUUUCUGUCUUUGUUUGUUUUUUAUUGUCGCCAGUGACACCAGCAACGAGGAUGGGACUUUGGCUGCGCUGUAUCCUGCUGUUAUCUGUCUCCACUUUUACAGCCGGUGUAGAUUUCCAGCUGGGAUCCAAACCCUUCGGACAGUCGCUUUUCUCGAAGCGUUCAAACAUUGAAGCAAAAGCUGCAAGCAUCGUAAAGAGGUCCCUGCCCGCAUGGCUGGCUCCAUCACCAAACCACAAGAUAAAACGGAGAAGCACCGAGCAGGCGGACUCCUGCAAAGCUCUACAAGGAUCUGACACCAAGUUAGCCGGCAACACCCACCGUUAUACCUUCAAUGACCUGAGUGGGUCAGUGUCGCUGGCCUGGGUUGGAGAUGGCACAGGGGUCAUCCUGGCUUUGACGACUUUCCAGGUGCCCUUCUUCAUGCUAAGGCUUGGGCAGUCCAAGCUCUAUCGCAGUGAGAACUACGGGAAGUCGUUUGAGGAUGUGACCAGCCUCAUCAACAACACCUUCAUCAGAUCAGAGUUUGGCAUUGCUAUUGGGAACUCUGGGAAAGUGAUCCUGACAGGAGAAGUGUCCGGAGAUCAAGCCUCUCGGAUCUUUGUCUCCAGUGACUUUGGAAAGAGUUUCACACCCAGAGACCUGCCUUUCAUCCCCCUCAUGCAGAUCACAUACAACCCUGAGAACGCCAAUGUGUUGUUGGUCUUCAGCAACAACAAUGAACUGUGGCUGUCUGAAGAUUUGGGCAGCAACUGGAAAAAGAUCCACGACAUGGUGUGUCUCGUGAAAUGGGGACGGCAAAAUACCAUCUUCUUUACAGCCAGCCAUAACGGAUCCUGCGUUGAUCGGGGAAUGCUGGAACUGAGGAGGACGACAGACUACGGUAAAACCAUCAAGACUGUUGCCACGAAGAUCUACUCCUUCGGCCUGGGUGGACGCUUCCUCUUUGCCUCUGUAAUGACGGGCAAGGGCACUCUGAGGAUGAUCUAUGUGUCAGUGGAUCAGGGUGAGACGUGGAACAUGGCCCAGCUGCCCCCAGUCGGUCACGAGCAGUUCUACUCCAUCCUUGCAGCGAACGAUGAAAUGGUCUUCAUGCAUGUCGAUGAGCCAGGAGAUACAGGAUUUGGUACCAUUUAUGUGUCAGAUGACCGGGGCACUGUGUACUCCAAGUCACUGGAGCGCCACCUUUACACCACCACAGGCGGCGACACAGACUUCACUAAUGUCACCUCUCUGAGAGGAGUUUUCAUCACCAGCGUCCUGGCAGAAGAUACCUCUGUGCAGUCUGUGGUGUCCUUUGAUCAGGGAGGAGAAUGGGUUCCCUUGCGAAAACCUGCCAACAGCAAGUGUGAUGCGACAGCCAAAGACCCAGACAAGUGCGCUCUUCACAUCCACGCAGCCUACAGUAUUGCUAUGAGGCUGAAUGUCCCCAUGCUGCCUCUGUCUGAACCAAACGCUGUCGGUCUCAUCUUAGCUCAUGGGAGUGUUGGUGAUGCUAUCUCAGUGAUGAAGCCUGAUGUGUAUGUGUCCGAUGACGGGGGGUACACCUGGAUAAAGGCCCUCAAUGGGCCCCAUCACUACGCUAUUCUGGACUCUGGAGGGCUGCUGGUCGCUGUGGAGCACAGCCCCACUCAACCUAUCAACAAGAUAAAAUUCUCUACUGAUGAAGGACAGUGCUGGGGUGUUUACACCUUCACCCAAGAGCCCAUCUACUUUACUGGGCUGGCAUCAGAGCCUGGAGCUCGCUCCAUGAAUGUCAGUAUCUGGGGCUACAGAGACUCCCUCCUCAGCCAGUACUGGAUCUCCACCACCAUCGACUUCAGGGAUCUUCUCACCAGAGACUGUGAUGACAAGGACUACGUGCAGUGGCUGGCCCACUCGGAUGACAUCAGUGACCCCAACGAUGGCUGCAUGCUGGGCUACAAAGAGAAGUUCCUCCGUCUCAGGAAGGACUCUGUUUGUUGGAACGGACGAGAUUACAAUGUCAACACCCAGCCAACUCCGUGUCCGUGCACCCUGGAUGACUUCCUGUGUGACUUUGGAUAUUACCGUAAAGAGAACAGCUCUGAGUGUGUGGAGCAGCCGGACCUGAAAGGCAAAGUGCUGGAGUUCUGUCUGCACGGCAAAGAGGAACAACUGCAGACCAGUGGCUAUAGGAAAAUCCCUGGUGAUAAAUGUGAGGGAGGAAACAUGCCGGAGCGUAAAGAGAUUGACCUUAGUAAGAGAUGUGUGAGCGACCUGGUGGCUCCUGAACUUCUGGUGGACAGUCACUCCUCCAAGUCUAUACCCAUUGUGAUAACAGUCAUCAUCGUCAUGCUGCUGAGCGUCGCAGCUGGAGUCGUCUUUGUCAAGAAAUAUGUCUGUGGUGGCAGGUUCCUGGUUCACAGAUACUCUGUGCUGCAGCAGCACGUCGAGGACAAUGCUGUUGAGGAGAUGGAUGACCCGCUGGAGACCAACCACACCACACAGAAUGGCAAGAUAGAGUUUCACGACGACUCAGAUGAGGACCUGCUGGAAUAGCAGGCACAACCUGCUCUGCAACUGAGCAACAGGUUUCCAGCUCCCCCCGUGGCCGGCUGCUGCUCCUGUCACUCUUUUGUCUUCAGCUACUUCUUCCUUUCACCUUCUAGUAUGAACUUUGGCCUCAGCUACCAGACUAAGAGUCUGCUGUCAUCUGUGAAGUAUAAUGAAUGUACGGAGGCUUCCUGGGACGAACGCCACAGCUGAGGAGGACGGACGUCUUGUAGUGUCGUGCUUCAGUUAUUGAUUCUGUUGAUUGAGUUCGAGUCUCCAAGCUAUUUAUUUUAGGGAACGAAGAACUGGUGCAGUCAUUUGAACUGCUGACAGAGCCAGAGUCCUGGGUGUCUAAGCAAAGCUAGUUGUGUAAAUCCACCACCAUUGCAUUACGGGUCCUGCCUCUCCCAUCUCAUGGGAGUGCUCCUGGAAAUACUCUCACUUCUGUUGAACAUCUGUGUCCUUUUUCUCAUGCACUUGUACAUAAACCUGAUUUUCUUUUGCCAUUUCUGAUGUGGUAUCAAUUUGGUAGUUGUAAAAAAAAAAAAAGGUUGCCCUCAGUAGCUGGUUAAUAACUUUCCCGAACCAUCUGAGUCUUAAUCCCUGCUGUUAAGAAAAUAUUUGUUGGUCAGAAAGUGUGCCCCGGACGGCCAAGAGUAUGUAAAUGUGAGGUUCUCGGGCCUCUUCUUCCAUGAGUACUGACUUGUGAAAUCUCCUGUCUGUAUUUGGGAUGCAAGCCUGCAUACUUUUACAAUGGUUGAAGUAAUAAUAAGCAAGUGGACAUGUCCAUUUGCAUUAGGUUUGAUAGCAAUAACAUGUUUCAAUUGAGCAUAUUGUCCAUGCAUGUUAAAUAAUCCUAUUGGCACAAUAAUGUUUCCAGUCGCUCUGUUUGAUGAAUGGAGAUGUCGUUGCGUGAAACACAUCACGCAUCAGUGUGUAAAGGGUGGUGAAGUGUGUCUGUUUCAAGACAGGGUGCGUUCAAUAACAUGUCUGCAGUUCUAACUGUCCAAAGCACAAGGUCCUUUGUAUGCUUAGAGUUUGUAGUUUUUCUUAAACGUGACCUACUGAUUAACAUGACGAGACUGUAAUAAUCACUGUAGUCAUAUUCAAGUAGUGUUUAUAAUCACUGGAGCAGUUUUUGUACUAACGAAUCUUUGAACUCGUGUAACAAAUUGCGGUUUGAAGAAGUUCUGAAAUGACAAAUAAUUAUAGUUUGAUAGUAAAUAUCUACAGAUAUUUUUUACAUCAGAUUCAGAGUACAUCGAUACGAUUUGGUGACAGAAGCAUAGGAGCAAAUUAUUAAAACAUUGUGUAAAUGUUGUAUAGCAUAACUAACACUUUAGCCUGUUGGAAUUAACAGACAUGGUUGUUGGACUUUUUUUUAAUUGGUAUUUGCUUCUGGGCCAGAGCAAAUUCUCUAAAAUAACAGGGUCAAUGAAAGUUUCUCAUUUCACAGUGAUCUGCUGUUUUUUCUUCUUCUUUGUAAUCAUGCUGCUGUCAUUUUGAAACUGGAUUGGCUGAUGCCUCUAAACCGAUCUGUCAUGUCUGUCACGUUAAGUCUUACAGGGCUUUUUUUCUUCUUCUUGUACUCAUCUAUUGCACAUUUUGUUUUGUCUGUCUUGUGUUAAAUAUGUUGCUUUAAUACAGGUUUAUUUAUUUGUGACUUGCAGGUUCAGAGUGCAGUGAAUUGGAUGUGGUUAUACAAGUGCCUGGGGUGAGGAUAUGAUGAUUGAUUAUUAUUUAUAUCAGCUAAUGUGUAACCAGUUCCAUCUAGUUUGUCAGUGACACCUCGAAGUUGCACUUGUUGCCUAAGAUGAGUUUGAGCAGUGACGGAUGUGUGCGUUUCAUACGAGCUCUCAUUGAAUGGCAUGUUAUCUCUCAAUAUUUAAAUCCACAGAGCUUUGUAAAGAAAACAGCCUACAGUGACCUGGUUAUUCUCUCUGUCAUAUCUCGGCAUGAUGUAUAAUUCUGAGUGAUACAGAGUGGAUACAGGGUUAUUACGUAGCUGCUAUACAAUGGCGAGUUAUUUUAUGAUGGUUUGUUGCGUUAAGUGAAGGUAACAUAUUUUUCUUACAGUUUAAAACUGCUGUAUAAAUUAAUAAUUCAUCGUGACGGUUCUGUAAAUAUACAAGGUUACAUCUUUGUAUCUGCUAUGUUUCUCUCUUCUGUAUAUUUGAGGCAAUUUUCUUUGGGUUUGCCAAUAAAUUCAUAUGUUCCUCUA